CUUCCUCCUCCUCCUCCUCCUCCUUAAUCUUCCUUUUCAAACUCUCUCUCUCUCUCUCUCUCUCUCUCUCUCUCUCUCAACUAAUCCCAUUCCAUGGAACAACUACUGAUGUGAAUUCCACCUCCGCCCUCCAUGGCUUCUUUCUGAUUUUGAGAUUAAAAAAAAGAAUUAUUGCUUGGUAGCAGACUUAAUUUCGUACCAAAAUAUGUAUGAAGAAACUGAGUGUUCUGAUCCCAACUCCAUCUCACCUGAAACAAUGCCCCAUAUUUCUGCUUUUCCUAAUCCUUCAUUUCCUCCUCCCCUCAUUGCCCAACAAACCCAUCCCAAUUUUCAUCACAAUAAUAAUAAUCUCAAUCUUUCCAUCGACCACAUUUCUUACCAUCACCACUCUACCACCCUCCAACCUGACGCUAUGGAACUCGACUUUCAACACGCUGCCGCGGCACCCACACCAGGGUUUGAUCAAGAACAACUAACUUCUGAUUCCAAUCCUAUGCUGUGUCUUGAUCAAUCCAACUGGGUUGGAACUCAAAUUCAAGAAAUGGGUUUUAAUCACAACCACAUUCAAUCUCAAUUUUCAGAUUCCGCCAUCCCCCCCACUCCCUAUACUCAAGCUCCCGACCUCUUGAACUUCUUAAACAUGCCGCCCACCGCUAGAUGCUCUAACAACUCUUCCAUCUCCUUCUCCAAUCUUCACACCUCCGCCAUGGGAGCCUUUCUUGGAGACCUUCCCCCCGGAGACACUCCCAACUCAUCCUCCACUUCGCUUUCAAUACUCUACGACCCUUUGUUUCACCUGAAUCUUCCGCCUCAGCCGCCGCUGUUCAGGGAACUGUUUCACUCUCUUCCUCAUGGAUACGGCAUGCCGGCGGCCAGUUCCAGAGGGCGAGGGGGGAGUUUGUUCCCGGAAGGAUCAGAGAUAGUGGAGAGAGAAGGAACUGCCGGAGUUUAUGAAGACGGCGAUGGAAGUGGAGUUUUGGAGUUUAGUAGAGAUAUGGCGGAUUGUAUUGGGAAAAGAAGAGAUGGGAAAAUGACUAAACAUUUUGCCACAGAACGCCAAAGAAGAGUUCAAUUGAAUGACAAAUAUAAAGCUCUCAGAAGUUUGGUUCCUAUUCCUACUAAGAAUGAUAGAGCAUCAAUAGUGGGAGACGCCAUAAAUUACAUCCAAGAGCUUCUAAGAGAAGUGAAGGAACUGAAACUACUGGUGGAGAAGAAGAGAAGCAGCAGAGAGAGGAGCAAGAGGGUUCGGACGGCGGAGGAAAUAGAACAGGGCGGCGGCGGCGGCGGCGGUGGUGGCGGAGGUGGUGGUAGUGGUGGCGGCGCGUGGGAUGUAGAGAGCUCAAAUGCAAAGGGAGGAGAGGGAGUAGUAGAGGAUCAAAGAUACAAUUUGAGAAGUUCAUGGCUGCAGAGGAAGACAAAAGAUACUGAAGUUGAUGUGAGAAUUGUUGACGAUGAAGUUACAGUGAAGCUGGUGCAGAGAAAACUCAAUUGUUUGUUGCUCGUCUCUAAAUUGCUUGAAGAUCUUCAGCUUGAUCUUCACCAUGUCGCCGGCGGCCACAUCGGCGAUUACUACAGCUUCUUGUUCAAUACCAAGAUAUAUGAAGGAUCAUCAGUGUAUGCAAGUGCCAUAGCCAAUAAGGUUAUGGAGGCAGUGGACAGGCAAUACAACAACACAUCCAUCUCUCCACUCACCAAUACCUAUUAAUUUUUAGUUUUUUUUUUUUUUUUUUUUUUUUUUUUUUUUUUUUUUUUUGUGAUAAAAGGUUACUAUGACAACUAAACCAUACCCUAAGGCCGCCCUAAAUGUUCUAAUUUCUAAUCUUCAUUUUCUAUUACUAUUAACAUAGUUGUUGGUCACAUUACCUUA